AUGGCUGUCCUCAUCUCUGGGGUCCCAGGAUCCGGGAAGACACACCUAGCACGUCAAUAUGCCUUUGCACAGCGCGAGUGCUAUUAUGGUGGAAUCUUUUGGAUUGAUGCAAAGUCCCGCGAGUCAACCGCUAAAUGCUUUUGGGAAAUUGCCCAGGCUGCUACCUUGAUUGACAAGAAGGAAACCAUUGAACCGGAAUACCAGGAAUCCCGAGGCUAUGUUACUGCCGUAAGAAAUUGGCUGCAGACGCGUCAUGACUGGCUAUUGAUUUUUGACGGCAUAACGUUUGACCACGAUGAGGAUAUCAACGAGUUCCAACCAUUCCUUCCCUGGAACAAGCGAUGUUGUAUCAUUUACACCUCUAUCGAUACCACCUUACGAAAGAAGCAGCGCCUAUUUGAGCCAUAUUGCCUGUCAAUGCCCCGAAUGCAUGUGGAAGAUGCAUGUAAGCUCCUAUUUAGAGAUCUCGGUAUCAAAAGGCCUACGAAGGAGCAAGCUGCAAAGGGCAUUGAAUUGGUCGAGCACUACGAAUGCCUACCGUUAGCAAUUCAUGCCAUCGGUCACCGUCUCAAUGCCACUCGCAAGCCAAUUGAGAGAUACCGCGUCAAGCACCAAGUGACAGAUAAGAAGCUUGCGGAACCAUUCCUCAGCAUUAUGAAUGAUCUAUACCGCUUGAAUCAACAUCAGGCAUUGAAUUUGAUUAACUUACUUGCAUUUCUCGGCCACCAUGUUCCCGUGGGCCUGCUUAACCUUGGGAGAUAUGAAAUGUCUGCCGAGAAUGCAGAGAUUCUAAGCAGCGCCCAACCCGGCGAGGAGCCUGACCUUGAUACUACUCUUGGAACUCUCAUUCAUUACGGGUUGAUUGAACGAACAUCGGACAUUGAGGCUAGCUUCCAGCAAAACGCAUCUGACCAGCAGUUGACUCAUGAGCUCGACAAGCCUACAAAUUCGUACCCGGAGCUGACAGGGUCGAUGACAGAGAGUAGCCAGGAAGGUUUCUUCUCGAUUUACCGUGGAAAUAUGACUGUUGAUGUGGUCAAAAUCCACAGUGUGGUGCAGGGAUUCUGCCGGGAUGAACUGCGGAUCAAAGACGACGAGUAUAACGGUGCCAUGAGCAACCAAGACCCUGGAUUCUAUAACUCGUGGCUGAUUGUGGCGACUCGCUUCUUAUGCAAGUCGUAUGAGACGGCCAAAGAAAGGAUGACCCACUACCACGACUGUGGACUUGUUCGCGACUAUCGAGAAUACGAAACCCAUGCAUCUCGAUUGGUUGAGCUCUUUCCUAAAAAGGCCAUGAUGAGCGCAUAUCCCCCGGUUGUUCGAGAAGCGCGAGAGAAUCUACGACAACUGAUGAAGAGCCUCACCAAUGAGAUUGACCGUAGGUCUCCGAGCUCUUCCCAGGAGUCUAACCGCAAUCAAAAGUCGGUCUUUGAUCGUUCAAGCAGUUCAUCGUCAUCAUUCCCUGAAUCAUCUGCAGAUGAGGGUAUGUCGCGUCGAUCGACAUGGAACUGGACUGAAUCAGGACAAGCAGGCUACGAAUCAGAGGAAGGCUACGAAACGGACCAAGAGAAUCAAGGGGCGAUACAGAUUUCACCAUCCCUAUCGCAAUUGAGCCAGAGCACUGAGAAACCAAAACCGUCACCGAGAGCACCAAGUCCACCCGCUCCCGCUCCAUCUGAUGAUCAUGGUUGGCAAGUAGUCGACCGGCAUACCAAAGCUCAAACGCCGCGAGAGAGACAACCAAGAAGGAGAAAUAGAGGCCCUCGUCGGCUACGUGGUGCUAAGCCGGCCGCUCCACUGGUGAAGAUCUCACAAGUGCACGGGAGAGGAUCCUUAAGUCGCGUAUCGCCAGAUAAUGGCGGCAGUUCUACAAUUUUGGCUUCGGCUGCAGAGAAGGCAUUGGCUGCAGUCCGCCGAUUGAGCGAUGGGCAAUCCACUGCUACACCCCCAAAUCGAUCUCAGGUACAAGUGCCCACCAUGCAGGAAAAUGUUCCAACAUACGCAAAUAUGGCAGCCCGGCGCAUGCUUGAGGCAGAGCUCCCACUUCGUCGCCCGGCAUCGUUACCUCUCCCUCUUCGUGGAAUGGAUCAUGUUUCUGGUGUCCAGAUGAAGCCGUCCGUGGAGUCACUCGACGGCCAAACAGGUCAUAUUUUUGCCUCUCCGCUAUCUCACGAAUUGACUUCCCACGAGCUUCUAGCAGAGCCACUCACUCGUUCAACUUAUAGUGAAUCCGGUACAGACUUUUAUGGCCAACAAUUCGAUGGACCAGGUGGUCUACACACAGCACCUAACUCUCAAAUCCACUCUCGCCGGUCAUCAGUUGCUACUGCUUUUGAACCUGCUCGGCGAGAUCUAUCGUCGAGUGUUCCAUCAAUCCUCCCAUACCCGCUCCAUCUUCAGGAUAUGUCUGCAAGCACGCCAUCUCUCAUUCCAUACCCACCUCCACCUCUGCCAUAUGACCAGGACAUCAGCAUUACCAUGUCAUCCCACGCAAAUCGACCACCCAUGCCAAUGGGUCCGGUUGCAUCUACACCUGCCAAUCCUACGCCGAUAUCUCAUCCUUCCGCGAUCAUGCCCGGGGCACUGCCACUCACUCAUGCAUUUUCUGAUAAUAUAAUCCCACGGGCCUCAGACCACCCCGGGCCUGAGAGCCUUUCUCGCGGGUCGUCGACAUUAUCACAUCAGUCUUGGGCAACUGAGCCUGUCCGAUACCCACCGCGAUUCUCACCGAUCCCAAGUUUCCAGCAACAAGGUGAAAUAUCACGUAUUGCAUCACCCAUGAUUCCCCAACCACAGCCACAGCCCGUCACCGGAACAGCCAGCUGGGUAGGUGAUAUGUCUCGGCCAGGAAGUGCUCUGCAGUCAGAUGGUCUUUAUCCCCCGCCACGUAGCCAACGCCUGGGCUCAGUGGAUGAGCGACUACAAGACAUGGAGCUGAGCUGGAACCCCGAUAUCGAGCCUGCGCAUCUUCUGCACUUCAGGGGACAUCGCGUUGAUGUCCGCGAGGCGCGCCAAAGAUUGCACGAGAAUGCCCGACUUCAAGUUCCACGACACGUCCCGACGUACCAAACGUAUCAUCGCAAUCUUUCCGGUCCUUUGAUACAGGAAGGUGUUCAAUUCUAUGCCCCGGCGCUGGCGCCGGAGCCAACUUUAGAUACAUACAGAAUGCGGCCGCGAAGUGGAAGCUCGCCACCACGGCCUCUGAAUCAUGAUGGUUUGGGAGUACGGUUUUGA